UGGCGAACGGCGAUUGGACGACCUGGGAAGAGGCUGGUUCCAGACCUCAGUUCCUUGGGCCCAUGGCUGCGCCGGACCUACGAGCGGAGUUGGACUCGCUGCUUCUGCAGCUGUUCCAGGACCUGGAAGAACUGGAGGCGAAGCGGGCGGCACUGAACGCUCGGGUGGAGGAGGGCUGGCUCUCGCUUUCCAAAGCUCGCUACUCUAUGGGUGCCAAAUCGGUAGGUCCCCUGCAGUAUGCCUCUCUCAUGGAGCCCCAGGUCUGCGUCUACACCAGCGAGGCCCAGGACGGACUCCAGAGGUUUUGGCUGGUGAGAGCCAGCGCCCAGACUCCAGAGGAGGUGGGGCCCCGAGAGGCAGUCUUUCUUUACCCAGCUUUGCGAAGACGCAAGGGUCUCACCAGAACCCCAGAGCCAGAGUCCUUCCCAGCCCUCCGGGACCCUCUGAACUGGUUUGGAAUCCUGGUUCCUCACAGUCUACGGCAGGCCCAAGCCAGCUUCCGGGAGGGCCUGCAGCUGGCUGCAGACAUGGCCACCCUUCAGAUCCGCAUUGACUGGGGUCGAAGCCAGCUCCGGGGGCUCCAGGAAAAACUCAAGCAGCUGGAGCCUGAGUCUGCUUGACCUGUGACCAGAGACAGAGGAGUGAGCGCAGCUGUUCCUUCAUGUGGCUGGCUACCUUAUCUCAGGCCUUCCUCCUUCACAGAUUGCCCCUGCCCCUAUUCCCAGCUAAUCCCUACUACUUAAAAUUCCUCUGGUUUGCAUGUUUUCAGCUUUGUUAGAUGUGAAAGUUUGAAGAGGCAAACUCAGUAAUGUUGAAAGUCACUACUGUGAAACCACUUCUAGGCUUGUAUUCUCCUAGGACACAGUCAUGUGGGGCAGAGGGCAAAGUUGUUAGGUUAGUUCAUAUUAGUAAAUAACCAGAACAUCCUCGUGGAUAUAUCAGCUGCAGUUUCUUUACAAGAUGCAAUACUAUCCAGCUAGUGGCAGGGAAGGGCAAAAAAUAGGUGCUUCAGUUUCACUAGAUUCUCAAAACUGAUUUUGAUGUAGGAAAAAAAACCAAACAUGGAUAACAGAUCAGGACAGCAUGAUUCCAUGUCAAUAAAAAACACAAACACCUGAGUAGAUAGGCAGUCCUUGACAGGUUUUAAGCCAGAAAGUAAAAAAGAUUUGACUUAGAUUUUCAAGGGAACUCUAGGAAGGGAACUCCAGGAAAAGACCUUUCAGAUUUUUAAAAACCUCCUCUAUCUUUACAGGAGUGAGACCAACCCUCUUUUAAUUUUUGAAGGUCCAGUUGUAUUUCCUGUGAUGGGAACUGUGUCCAUGCUUCAUUUUCCUGCUGGGUUGUUGGUAUUUUUAGCAGUUUCCAGGAGGUAAUCUUUAUGUUUGGGGAAAAUUAAUCCUUUGUUCAUAUAUGAAAUAUAAAUAUUUUUCCCAAUUUGUCUUUUAACUUUCCAUAUGGUGUUUUUUUUAAGCCUUUAUUAUAAAAUAAAACAAAUUAAACUGCACAAAAUAA